UUUUUUUUUGCUUUCACUUUACUUCCUCAACUCAGCGCAUUUUAUUUUAACUUAACGUGCACACAAAAAAAAAAAAAAAAAAAAACUCAGCUAAAACGUCGAUCAGAUUAUAACUGUAUUCAAUUCAAAGCGAAAUCAAGCGAAACAUUCCUUAAUGGCAAAUUCGUUACGAUUGUAUCUGACAUGUAUAAGAAACACGCUCGAGGCAGCAAUGUGUCUUCAGAAUUUCCCAUGCCAGGAAGUAGAGAGGCAUAACAAACCAGAGGUUGAACUAAAGACAAGCCCAGAACUUCUUCUUAAUCCUGUUACGAUUUGUAGAAAUGAGGCUGAAAAGUGCUUGAUUGAAACAUCUAUUAAUUCCCUAAGAAUAAGUCUAAAGGUGAAACAGUCAGAUGAACUUGAAAAUAUACUAACAAAGAAGUUCCUUAGAUUUUUGUCUAUGAGAGCAGAAGCGUUUCAGGUGUUGAGGAGAAAGCCAGUUCAGGGCUUCGACAUUAGUUUUCUCAUUACAAAUUAUCACUGUGAAGACAUGCAGAAGCAGAAGCUUAUUGAUUUCAUAGUGCAAUUCAUGGAGGAUAUUGACAAGGAGAUCAGUGAACUGAAACUGUCAGUGAAUACUCGAGGAAGGCUUGUCGCUACUGAGUUUCUAAAGCAAUUCAUCUGAUGCUUCUUUCUCUUGUUUGCUGUCUGUUUUAUUCUUGUAGCAACUAGAAUAUAUAUUCAUUUUUUGUUCUCUAUUGAAGCUACAUAUUACAGAAAUUCUCUAUUGUAUUGCACCAAUGAGCUCCCUUUUUCUUCACUUAUUUGAGGAGCUGGCUAUGGCAGAAUGAAUUCUCAGUUAGUAGAGUUUUCAAUCAGCUAUAUUAACCAUUGUAGUCUUAAGUUGAUUUGCU